UUCAUAAAGCAAAACGGGAAACUUGGUUGGCUGACAGUGGUGUGACUCCUGUAUUUGUCCGUACAGUACAGAUUGGCUUUCAUUUAGACAAAGUUCUUCAUAUUUGUUUUCAUUUUUGCACCGAACGAACAUUUCGAAAGUCUUUUAGGUUCAGCGAGCUUUUGACAAAAGGAGGCGUGAGAUCUAGGGAAUGUGCUUUGAUUUUUAACGUUUUCUGAGAUAAAAAAAAAACCAAACAAACAAAAAAAGCAAAAUGACUCAGUGGUAUCAGCUGCAGCAGCUGGAGUCAAAAUAUCUGGAGCAAGUUGAUCAACUCUACGAUGACAGCUUUCCAAUGGAAAUUAGACAGUACCUAAGCCAAUGGAUUGAGAGCCAAGACUGGGAACUUGCAGCCACAAAUGAUUCCCUGGCCACCUUGCGGUUUCAUGACCUGCUUUCACAAUUAGAUGACCAAUACAGUCGCUUUACAUUGGAGAACAACUUCCUGAUGCAGCACAAUAUCCGGAAAAUAAAACGCAAUCUCCAGGUUCACUUUCAGGAAGAUCCGAUCCAGAUGGCAAUGAUCAUUUGCAGCUGUCUGAAAGAAGAAGAGAAGAUAUUAACUCUGGCCAAGAAAGCUGAUCAGGACAACAUUGGGAGCACACAGAAUACUGCAAUGGUGGAGAAACAGAAGGAACUGGAUUACAAAGUGAGGGAUAUAAAGAACAGAGUUCAGGAAACAGAACAGAGGAUUAAGUCACUUGAGGACCUGCAAGACGAACAUGACUUCAAAUACAAAACUCUGCAGAGCAGAGAGCACGAAUCAAGUGGCACAACCCCAAUUGAAAUCAAACGUGAAGAAAUGAUCAUCAGAAACAUGUUUAUAGAACUGAACAUGAAAAGAGAGGAUGUAGUGUUUAAAAUAGCAGAAGCCUUGAAUCUCACAGAACAGAUUCAGACUGCCCUGAUAACAGACGAGCUUGUGGAGUGGAAACGUCGCCAGCAGAUUGCUUGCAUUGGAGGGCCUCCAAACGCAUGCCUGGACCAACUGCAGACUUGGUUUACAAUAGUGGCCGAGAGUCUGCAGCAGGUCCGACAGCAGUUAAAGAAGUUGGAGGAGCUGGAGCAGAAGUACACAUACGAGAAUGACCCAAUCACACAAAAGAAGCAUUUCCUGGAGGACAGAGCACAGCUGCUGUUCCGCAGUCUAAUUCAGAGUUCUUUUGUGGUGGAGAGGCAACCCUGCAUGCCAACUCACCCUCAGAGACCCCUGGUCUUGAAGACCGGGGUGCAGUUCACUGUGAAGCUAAGGCUCCUGGUUAAGCUUCAGGAACUGAAUUAUCAGCUGCGUGUUAAAGGAUCAUUUGAUAAAGAUGUGAAUGAGAAGAAUACUGUGAAAGGAUUCAGAAAGUUUAACAUUCUGGGGACCAGUACAAAAGUAAUGAACAUGGAAGAGUCAACAAAUGGAAGUUUAGCUGCUGAGUUCAGACAUCUGCAACUGAAAGAGCAGAAAAACACAGGGAGCAGAACCAACGAGGGUCCUCUCAUUGUGACUGAGGAGCUCCACUCCAUUAGCUUUGAGACACAGCUCUGCCAGCCUGGACUGGUAAUAGAUUUAGAGACGUCCUCUCUUCCUCUGGUGGUUAUCUCUAAUGUGAGCCAGCUUCCCAGUGGCUGGGCCUCCAUUCUGUGGUACAACAUGUUGACUAAUGAGCCCAAGAAUCUGUCCUUCUUCCUGAACCCCCCUGCUGCCAGAUGGAGCCAGCUGUCUGAGGUUCUGAGCUGGCAGUUCUCUUCAGUCACCAAACGAGGGCUCAACUCUGAGCAGCUCACCAUGCUGGGGGAGAAACUGCUGGGUCCUAAUGCCAGUAACCCCGAAGGCCUAAUUCCCUGGACGAAGUUUUGCAAGGUGGGUGAGAAUAUAAAUGAAAAAUCCUUCUGGUUAUGGAUUGAAGGGAUCCUGGAGCUCAUUAAAAGGCACCUUCUGGCACUGUGGAAUGAUGGAUGCAUCAUGGGGUUUGUUAGUAAGGAGAGGGAACGUGCUUUGCUGAAUAACAAAAGUCCUGGCACGUUCCUACUGAGAUUCAGUGAAAGCAGCAGAGAGGGGGCCAUAACCUUCACGUGGGUGGAAAUGUCACACAAUGAUGAACCUCAGUUCCACGCAGUGGAGCCCUACACCAAGAAGGAGCUGUCGGCUGUGUCAUUCCCAGACAUAAUCCGAAAUUACAAAGUGAUGGCUGCUGAGAAUAUCCCUGAAAACCCGCUCCGAUUCCUUCACCCUGAUAUUCCCAAGGAUAAUGCUUUUGGAAAAUACUACUCCAGACCAACAGAACCCUCGGAACCUAUGGAUGUGGAUAAUGAUAAAAGAAGUAAUGGCUACAUACCAACUGAAUUAAUCUCUAUAUCAGAAGUAAUUUCUUUUCAAGAUGGCAAGACGAUUAGAGGGGUUGAAUCAGGCAGAAAUACUGUAGUCUGAUUCCGGUGAAUCAGAAUUUUCUGACAGUGAUUCAAUUUAUAUAAUAUAGGUUUUCUCAGUAUUAUUUUUUUAAAUAAACGUUCAGUUCUAAACCAUGCGUUGUGUUUUUUUUUGUUUUUUUUUAACAAAAUACUCGAAAUUCAUUAAAUCACUCAGGUGAAAGAAUGUCUUAUAUUUUGUCCAUAUUUAAAAAAAAUAAAAAUAAAUUAAAAAAUAAACAAAACUUUUAGGGACAGUUGAGGGGCCUUCAGGUAAUAGAAUAGAAUGUUUUUGUACCUUAAUCUCUUUGAAACUAGAAUGUUUUUGUACCUUAAUCUCUUUGAAACCCCAAAAUCUACUGAAUAAUAAUUAAAGAAACAUACAUUUUUGAAAAAUAUAUUUUUAUUUAGUACUUAUUGGAGUGGAAAAUCAGUAAAAGUACUUUUUAGUUCCUGCAUUAUUGUAUAAUAUUCUCUAGUGUCCUGAACAAAGUCUUUACUGUUAAAAAAAGAUUGUGAUGCAUUUCAAAGAUAAAAGGGUUCCAUAUCCCCUUGUUCUCAAUCCUAUAUUCAUAUAGGCCUAAGGAUCAUACAAUUUUUUAUUGUAUUUUAGUGUAACCCCCCCCUCGUGUUCCCACAUUUCCCACAUACAUUUAUAGACUACUUUAAUUAAAUCAAACUUUUAGAUGUUACACAUAUCUAUUUAAGUAGUAAAACUUGUACUUAGUAGAAGUUUUAUUUUAUAUACUUUUGUGUGUGUGUGAGUGUGUGUGUAUUGGAAAGAUAACGAGACACAAACAAGUAAUGUGUGAUAAUUCGGAAUGUGCAUGACAAGUUAAUUAUUUUCUCUUGUUAAUUUUUUUUAAUCUUCAUGGCAACACAUGAAACUCUCCUCACGAUUUUCAGAGUCGUUCUUUUCCUAAUAACUAGGCAGACACGGAAAUUUAAAUAUCCCCUCCCCUAAAUUAAUAUGAAUUGAGUAAUCUGCAUUGGUACUGCCUACUUUUUUACCUAAAUCAGAACAGCAUAGCAACGCAUUUCCUGAAAAGUAUGGCAAAAACAUUGUGAGGAAAACUGUCAUGACUUGUGCAUGUAAACACAGUCACUGUCUUGUAAUUUGCCCAAACAUCAAUAUUUUUCAACAAAACUUUUAGGUAGUAUUGUAAGGCCCCUCAGGUAAUAAAAUAACAAGUUUUUUUUGUUUGUUUUUUUAAUAAAUUUAUCUCUUGGAAAACACUAAGCAGAAAACAAAAAAUAAAAAAUAUAGUGUUGAAAAAAUAGAGAUGCUUUUAUGGUUUUCAGAGUUCCUUUAUACUGUUCUCCAGUGUUCUGAAAAAAGGACACCAGUUCCAAGAUACUACUGUAAAAAAAUAGAUUUUUGUGAUUUUUUUUUUUUUUUUUUAUAGUAAGAGUCAAAUACAGCCAAAAAAAAACUGGUCCUGGGGGAGCAUCCCAUUAAAAAACGCUUAGUCCUUAAAGAGGAGCACUAGCAUACAUUGU